AUGGCACGGCACGGAUUGACCUUUAUUCUGCUAAUGGUUUGCAUCGCCUCCCUCGGCGUCACUACAGUAAAGUCGACUAAAACUUCAACAUCACCUAAAUCAACCUCAACAGCAGCUCCGCCUAAAACUUCAACAUCACCUAAAUCAACCUCAACAGCAGCUCCGACUAAAACUUCAACAUCACCUAAAUCAACCUCAACAGCAGCUCCGCCUAAAACUUCAACAUCACCUAAAUCAACCUCAACAGCAGCUCCGCCUAAAACUUCAACAUCACCUAAAUCAACCUCAACAGCAGCUCCGACUAAAACUUCAACAUCACCUAAAUCAACCUCAACAGCAGCUCCGCCUAAAACUUCAACAUCACCUAAAUCAACCUCAACAGCAGCUCCGCCUAAAACUUCAACAUCACCUAAAUCAACCUCAACAGCAGCUCCGCCUAAAACUUCAACAUCACCUAAAUCAACCUCAACAGCUGCUCCGUCUAAAAAUUCAGUAUUGACACCAAUUUUUAUUCCAGAUACGUUUUAUUACAAUUGCACAGAAGAAGGGGAUAUCCAUAUCAUCAAUGGCGGCGGUUCCUUAACUAAUUUGACAAUUAAAUAUCUCAACCAAUCAGAUGUAGGCAACUGCACCGAUCCAGAGCUCCAGACAGAUGGAUCAUUUGUGAUUACAAAUUGCACAAAGAACACUACGGUCGAUAUCGUACUUGAGGCUAUAAGUGGUACAGAAAUACUCGGAGGAUACCAUUUCAAAACUUUUCAAAUCAAAUGUGAGGAUGUCAGUAUCAAGCCUUACUACCUCAACGUAACAUUUGAUGAAAAAAUCAGCGAAAAAGUCAGUCCUCAUAUCAUAAACAUGGCGACAAAACCCACAUCUACUCCGAUAUCAAAUUUAACCAUGACUAUCAAAGAUAAUACAACAACUGUUACGGAGGCAACUAUUGGCCAAACCCUUACGAUUGCCAUAACCAUUCCAGCAAAAACCAGUAUCAAGCCAACCGAAUGUAAGGCAACAGGCAAUGGCAAGAAAUACAUAUUGUGGCAGGAGACAGGAUGUAAACACGACAAAGAGGUGUUUGGUGAUAAGUGGACAAACAAUGGAAAAGAUGUCACGAACACCAUGUACGGCUUCCGGUUUGUAGGGGCAUCAAAAGAAAUCACUAUCACAUGCACAGUGCGUGUGUGUCCAGAGGGAUAUGGAGGACAUGAAUGUGAGCUGGCCAGGUGCUCACAAACUAAGAGGAAAAGAAUCAACCGUUUGUCAGAUGACGUUACCAUGGAAAAAGCCACAGCAUCUUUAGCCAUUAUAGAUCCACUUCUGACUAGCAGGGCAGGACGGCUGGGCGCGGAACUGAGCAACGCCAUUGCGCUGUUUGUGGCUGCUCUUGCCAUUGUGAAAGUGAACUUCAUUAGGGAGUGA